AGGGGCGGAGCAAGAGAAAGAACACCGAGGGGGUCGGCUAGGGGAUUGCCGGGCGCUCUCGGGGACGGUGGCGAGUCGGCGUAAGCGAUGGUUUACAUUUCGAACGGACAAGUUUUGGAUAACCGGAGUCGGGCUGCAUGGAGUUUGUCAUCUAUAACUGACUUCUUCUGGGGAAUAGCAGAUUUCAUAGUUAUGUUUUUUCAGAGCAUUAUCCACCCAGAUUUGAGGAGAGGCUACACAUCUUCCUCUUCUUCAAGAUACGAUGAUGGAAGAGGACCUCCAGGAGUUCCUCGUCGUAGAAUGGGCCGAAUAACCCACUUUGGAGGUCCAAAUCCUCCACCAAUGGCUGGGGGUGGAUGAGGAAGGUAG